AUGGCAGAAAUGGAAUCAUUAGGAAUGUCAAUAAAGAAUUACAAAUACAUCCUAAUACUUCUAUACAAUAUUGUAAAAAGUAACCAUACAGCUACUCUGAAAUCAAAGGGUCUUUACCUAAUUAUUUGUUUAGGAAAAAUACUGCCAAGUAGUAGCACUGAAUACCAUCUGGAAAUAUCAAUCUCUCUAUACAUUAUACUGAAGUUAUCUGAUGCUAUAAAGGAUAUUUCAAUUAAAGAAAUGGUAAAAAUAUCAGAAACAACUAUCAGAAAACUGAUAUCGUAUCUUAGUAAUCCUGAUAUGGAUCAUGCAAGAUUGCUAUCCGUAGGAAUUAUUUCAUUUAUUAUAAAUCACACACCUAAAACUAAUAAAAUAAUGGCUGAAAAAACAGUUGAAAAAAUUAUAGAGUCCCUAUUAAAUAUCCUAUUGUCUAGAAAAACUGAAGGAAAAUUAAAAAUGCUCUCCGCAAAUUUACUUGAUACUAUGCUGCCUAUUUAUCAAGUAGAUAUAUCAAAAGGCAUUAGUGGAAUGUCUCUUUUCCAAUGGCUGAUAGAGGUUAUUAGGGUUAAUCAUUCUGAAAUUUGUUUUGGACUUUUGAAAUUUCUAAAACUUGGUCUUGCUAGAAACAAUGACGUUGACAACACAACAAUCUUGAAAGUGUUUCAAAUAGUUUCGGGCGCAUUGGUCAAAAUAGGGACUAAAGAGGAGAAUAUUCCAUCGGAAUCUGCCUACACUACCGAGCUCAUGACUAUAUUGAGUGACCUUUUAAACAGAAUCCAGGUAUUACUUUAUUCCUAA